AUGAGAUGCGAGUUCCCAGGGUCCAAGCAAGAUUAUAAAGCGCUUUUGAUCGCCGACCCACAAUUGAUAGAUAACCACACGUAUCCAGGGCGGCCUGAGUUUCUGUUGAAACUUUCGCAAAUGACCGUGGACGACUACAUGCGGCGCAAUUUCCAGGCUCUGAUGGCCCAUCUACGGCCUGAUUCGGUGAUCUUUCUCGGAGACAUGACCGACAACGGCCGGUCCAGCUCGGACGAGUACUACAAACAUCAGCUCGACCGGUUCAACAACAUCUUCCAUCUGAAUGGAACAGAGAGCUACACCCUUGUUCCUGGCAACCACGACAUCGGCUGGGCCGAAGGAGUCAAAUUUGCUGCUUUGCACCGAUUUGAAACGAGCUUCGGCAAACCCAAUCAGGUUAUCACCAGAAACGGACACGACCUGAUUUUUCUCGACACCAUCUCGCUCUCAAACAAGGAGGACGAAACGGUCUCCAAAGACGCUCGCGAGUUCCUGGACUCGAUCGCCAAGGAACCCAAACUGCGCCCGCGUGUGCUUUUUGGUCACGUGCCCCUGUAUAGAGACCCGGUGACGCAAACUUGCGGACCAAACAGAGAAGGAGGCACGUUCCCGAUCGUGAAGGGGUACCAGUACCAGACGGUGGUGGACAGCGGGCUGUCGAAAGAGAUUUUGCGGCUUGUGCGGCCAGACGUGAUCUUUGCUGGCGACGACCACGACUACUGCGAAAUCACACACGAAUACCCAACGGGGAAGAGCGUGGAGGUCACCGUCAAGUCCAUUUCGAUGGCAAUGGGGAUAAAGUAUCCCGCGGUGGAGCUUUUGAGCAUCAGAGACACGGUUGGUGAGAAAGGUCUACAAUAUUCUCUGUGCUACAUUCAGCCUCCAUUUAAAGACAUCAUUACAUAUGUGCUAUUUGCCACGGUGAACGGUCUGUGGCUGCUAUGGAGUUUCCGCGACAGAACUUGCAAGUACAAAGUUCGUCUUUUGCCAGCGCUUGGCUACGCAGCGAUAGAAUUUGUGGCAUUAGUGAUUAUGUACCAAAUCAUUAAAUAG